AUGACAAAUAUUCAUAUAACACCAGAAGAGCUUGUUACAACAGGUACUAUUGUACUAGAACUUUACUAUGGUCCUUAUUUACGUGAUUGGUGGCUUUUUUCUAAAGAAUAUCAAGAACACAUACCAUAUCCUAUUCCAAUACAUUUAGAACUUGAAAUCAUGAUACAACUAAAUCAAAUAUCAUUUAUUAUUCGUGUAGUUCAUUAUGUACAUAGUUAUUUACAACCUGGUUAUAUAUGUAAAGGAGGUGGACAAAGUAGUAGUGUAAUGACAAAUUCUUCUGUGGCAAUUACUUCAGUUUAUCAAGCCAUUUUUGGCACUAAAACAAAAAUUGCAGGUCCUUCAUAUUUAGAGUUAGAACAAACCAAAACAUUUCAAAAGUUAUUAGAAGAUGUUAUAUUUCAUCCUUUUAUUAUUGAAAUAGAAAAUUUGUCUAUUUUUGUUAGCUCUCUUGGUAAAAUUACAUGUUCAAACAAGAAACAUUUAUUUGAUCUAAAUUUAAAAAAAGCCAUUAGUAAAUCCUCUGAAAAAUGGUAUCAAAUCUUUCAAAAUUGGAAACAACAAAAAAGCAAUAUCAUUGAAUUAUAUACUCAUCUUAGAAAAACAUAUGGAUCAAACUAUGAAUUUCGAGAACGUGAAGUACGAGCUUGGCAUGCAAUAUUUCAUGCAACAGGAUGUUUAGAUAUUACACCAUAUGAUAAACAACUUUCUGAA